UUGUAUUGACAUAUACAAUGAAAAGGCCGUCAAAUAAAAACAACGAUAAACUGUCAUUGUAAUGGUAUUGUCAUUGCCUCUGUGCCGAUUAGAUACAUGUAUAUGGUAGUCGUCGUAAUUUAUUCAACUUUUUAAAAUCCAGCCAACAUAGAUUAGCGAUAGAUUUUUCACCUUUAUUUCGUUUGCUCUUUUUCUGUCUAUUAAUUUGGACGUUCUUGUCAAAUAAAGUCGACAUCCACAGCCAUUAAAAAAAACACAUACAAAGCUACUUAAAAUCGCCAUUCUAUCAUUUUGGUUAUUUUUUUUUUUUGAAUUUUUCAAUCAAAACAAUUUCAUUAUGGCAUCAGUAUUGAUCCGUGGAAUGGCAACAAGUGCCGUCGAAUCGGCAAUUAAACAUGUUACAAUUAUUGGCGGUGGUUUAAUGGGCUCUGGUAUUGCUCAAGUUGCUGCAACAGCUGGUUAUGAUGUGACCAUUGUCGAAGUAAAUAAUCAAUUGGUGGAACAAGCACAAAAUAGCAUAAAAAAUAGUUUGGGACGUGUUGCAAAGAAACAAUUUAAAGAUGAUACAAAUGAACAAACAAAAUUCGUUUCGAAUGUUUUGAAUCGAAUCAAUGGAUCAUCCGAUUUACAAGGUGUGGUUAAAGGAACCGAUUUGGUGAUUGAGGCCAUCGUUGAGAAUAUUAACAUCAAACAUAAACUAUUCGAAUCAAUUGAUAAGGUUGCACCGAAUCAUACAAUUUUCACAUCAAACACAUCAUCGCUAUCGAUAACCGAUAUUGCUUCGGUCACUGAUCGCAAAGAUCGUUUCGGUGGUUUGCAUUUCUUUAAUCCGGUGCCAGUGAUGCGUUUACUUGAAAUUAUUCGCACCAAUGAUACAUCCGAUCAAACAUUCAAUGCAAUUCGUAAUUUUGGUGAAAAAAUUGGAAAAUCAUGUAUUACCUGUAAAGAUACGCCUGGUUUUGUGGUCAAUCGUUUGUUGGUACCGUAUAUGGCGGAAUCGGUGCGUUUGCUUGAACGUGGUGAUGCAUCCGGACGUGAUAUUGAUACAGCAAUGAAAUUGGGCGCUGGAUAUCCGAUGGGACCUAUUGAAUUGGCCGAUUACGUUGGUCUUGACACAACCAAUAAUAUUUUGAAAGGAUGGCAUGAAAAAGAUCCCGAAAAUCCACUCUACAAACCAAUUCCGAUGCUUGAAAAUCUCGUUAAAGAGGGCAAAUUUGGUGUGAAAUCCGGCGAAGGAUUCUACAAAUACAACAAAAAAUAAACCAGUCACAAUGAAUUUUAUAUGUAGAAUAGUGGAUUUUAUUUAAAAAAAACUGGUCUUCGUCAUAUGAAUCAAGAAG